ACAGCUCCAAAUUUUAAUGUCAUGCAACAAUCCUUGCUUCUGGGACACCCGAGGGCACAAAUGAAUCAUUAAGCCCACGCAUUUGCGCACAUACACUUAUUGGAUUCACUCACUUACAGUACACACACACACACACACACACACUGCACACUCUUUAUACGCUUACAACCACUGACACACAUAUCUCUGUGCUGAUGUUCUUACGCACACACUCAGAGACAUACACUUGAGAGACAGCACAGCGUUCAUGUGGACACAAGGGUGCAGCUCGGCGAGCGUGUGUGUGCCGUUCCCUUCGGAGGAGCCCGUCACGCCGUCACACUGAGGAUGCGUCUAGGAGCAUGAGCGCCGUCGGGAAGGAGCAUGACAUGGUGUGUGAGAAGGCGGUGGCCCUCAUAACUGACCUCUGCAUGCAAGAGAGCCCCCUUUUAGAGCACAAGACCUGCGAGGAGUUUCUCUUCUUCAUUACCAACCAGGACUACAGCCUCAACCAACCCGACGUCACUGUUGGCAUCCCCGUUGGCAUCCUAGUGACGUGCAGUUUGGCAUUGCUGCUACUGGUGGCAUUAGCUUCCUGGAAACUGUGCUGGGUACCUUGGCGCAACAAGGCCGUGACGUCCUCCAGUUCCGUCGCCCUUACCACGGACAGCUACCCGUCCCUUCAGCCGCUGUCGCGUGUGCCCAGUCCCCAGCAGCCCUUGGUUGGCAUGGCCAUGGAGAAAGUUAAGGAGUCGCUGACACCCAUGGGCUUCCUGGAGGCAGCCAUGAAGAUCAGCCACACGUCACCGGACAUUCCAGCAGAGGUACAGCUCUCCAUGAAGGACCACUUUCUGCGGCGCACACAGCGCAUGCAGAGACAGACCACAGAACCAGCCUCAUCUACCAGGCACAGCUCCUUCAAACGUCACCUGCCCCGUCAGAUGCAGGUGGGAAGUCUGGAUCUGGGAGACGACUAUGUGGACAUGGACGAGCAGCCCACAAGCAUCGGCCGCAUCAAUCCAGAACUCUACAAGCAGAGUAUGCUCGAGAGCGAAGAGUCUGCCAAGAAAGGUGGUGCCAAGACCUGUGGUAAGAUCAAUUUCUCACUGCGCUAUGACUACGAAAACGAGACCCUGCUGGUCCACAUCCUCAAAGCCUUUGACCUGCCGGCUAAAGACCUCUGCGGCAGUUCAGACCCCUAUGUGAAGGUCUACCUGCUGCCUGACCGUAAGAAGUUCCAGACACGCGUCCACCGCAAGACACUCAACCCUACAUUCGAUGAAAUAUUCCAUUUCCCAGUGCCCUACGAUGAGCUGCAAGCCAGGAAGCUCCACCUCAGCGUGUUCGACUUUGACCGCUUCUCCCGGCACGACAUGAUCGGUGAAGUCGAAGUGGACAACCUGUUUGAGGUGUCCGAUCUCUCCCGGGAGACUUCCAUCUGGAAGGACAUCCAGUACUCCACCACUGAGAGCGUGGACCUUGGGGAGAUCAUGUUCUCGUUGUGCUACCUGCCUACAGCUGGAAGACUUACACUCACUGUUAUCAAGUGCAGGAACCUCAAGGCCAUGGACAUCACAGGAUAUUCAGAUCCCUACGUCAAAGUGUCUCUCAUUUGUGAUGGGAAGCGGUUGAAAAAGAAGAAGACCACAAUCAAAAAGAACACACUCAACCCCACCUACAAUGAAGCCAUCAUUUUCGACAUCCCCCCAGAGAACAUGGACCAAGUCAGCUUGCACAUCUCCGUCAUGGACUACGACCUGGUGGGUCAUAACGAGAUCAUUGGCGUGAACCGUGUCGGGUGCGGAGCCGAGGGCCUCGGCAGGGACCACUGGAAUGAGAUGCUUGCAUACCCACGCAAACCCAUUGCACACUGGCACCCCUUGCUGGAGUCCAAGAAAUCAGAAAAAGAGUGGAAAACCAGGACGGCUAGUUUUGACAGUCAGGGCUCAUGCCCUUCCCCCAAAGCACCCGCCAGCCCUUGAAUAGAACCACAUGUGACCCAGAAGGCCUGGCUCCCUUUCCUGCUGUCUGUCUGUGUGUCCAAGGAAAGAAAAAAACAAAAAGCAACAAAAAACAAAACCAGAACAUAAAAAUCCCUGCCAUCUCCAGGUCUCCUCGGUUUCUCCAGGGCUUCUAAGCUCCAAUUCUUGCAGAAUUUGUCUAAAAUCUCUGGAGUCCGAACCCUGUUUGACAGUCAGUUCUUGGAGGCCUUUGAGCACAAAUCGUUCAUGAAACGCGACACCUUUUUGGUACAGCAGAAGAAUUCUUUUCCUUCCUUCAAAAGGUGGACGAAAUCCGACCAUGGCAUUAGCGGAAGAAUCACUUCAAGAGGUUGACGCUUUCCUUGCAAGAUGAUCACAUUACUCAGCGCUCACUACGCAGAAAAAAAAAAAGGGAUGAGCUUAUCUCCGAGAGGCGACUGUCUGAGCAGUUAAAGGGAGGAUGAUUCAAACCAAAAUGAAAAAAGGACUCAAUCUAAGGCAGUGAGAACUGAUAACAGUAGAGGAGGAAAAUGAAUUGUCGGCUGUUAUAUAUGAAUAAACCUCUCCAGAUUCUUUUGGAAAGGAAAAUCAGACUUAACACUGAUGUUGCUGAGACUUUUACAAUAGCCACCCUGAGCUUUAUUGAUGUCGUGUUAAUUAUGUCAUUUACAAAAGAAGUGUCUGCCAAUUUCAGCAGAGCACAAUGAUCUCAAGUGCUUUCCUUACUGUCUAAAGACCUCCAGAUAGAGAUAUUUUAAGAUUGGCGUGGUGUGAUUGGUGGAUGAUAGAAUAGAAAACUAUACAUUUAUCUCUGUUAAAUGAACACACACAUUUAGUUAACUAAUGUUAGUCAGUACGUUAGUACUCAUGUUCUCAAUAGUCUCUCUGUAGUUUUUGAACUCCAUUUUGAACUUUCUGCUAAAGAUGUAGUUUUAUAGUUGAAGUUCAUGUUAAUCUGGUUUUUGCUGUCAGUUUAUCAACAGUUGUGUUCAAUGAUUCUGUCAUCAGUUUGUUUGAUAUACUGUACAGCACUGGAAACAGAUUUUAUACAGAAAUAUUAAGGGCAUACAAUGAAACUUAGACGGUUCACAAAGGAAACCUUUAGGAGCACAAAAUGAAGAACCAAAAUUCCUGUACAGUAAUGUAAUUAAAGUGUGGAGCAACAAAACUAUCUAAAUACAAAUCACUCCUCUGAGGAAGAUCGCUAGAUGACCAACUGUUCAAUCUCAGUGCAGUACUUAAUUAUGAAUCAAGUAUGAAUUAGGAUAUUUGACGCCUGAGUGUUAUGAAUUACACACAUAACAAAUUUUAGAGGCCAAUUCAGCUCCUCACAAAGCAUUGUGCACUCCAGCAGUUUACCAACAAGUGCUCUAAAUAUAAGGGAUUUAUUCAUUAUUGCUAUAAUAACUUGGCUGUUGACUGUAUUUGCCAUGCUUAACAAACACAUUUCUUUUUAUACUGCUGAGUCCCUUUUAUGAUUCCUUCCUUGGUAAAAAAAAUAUAAAUAAAUAAAAAAUGCAGAACACAGCAGUUUCGAAGCACUCAGCCAAUGGAGGCGCUCACAAUGAAAAAGAUGCAUGCAGGCAAAGGCAAAUUGAAAUACUUGUAACUUUUGCUAUGAAGGUGAGCUGCAUUUCUUCUCUAGCACACACUCUACCUACUGUAGCACACUACACUUAAUACAGCUGAUUAUUCAUGCUCCAGGUGUGAUUAAAACCAUGGAAUAGAUGUUUGAUGGCAUUUCAUGUUAAAUUGUGACAAAUGUCAUAUCUGAUAAGAGCACAGAGUGAUAAAAAAUAAAACCAGGACCUUAAAACCUACAAUACAGAACCAUCUAGCAGUCCCUCCAGGAUUUCGAGAUUUUGCAAUCGCAGAAAUGAACACAAAAUUAAGCAAGCAGGAGCUUGAAAUUUUUUAAAAAUUACGCAGAUUUUCCACAGAUUUGGGCCAAGAUGCGUCAUGUGACCUCAUCACAACACACAUGCAGCCAAAUCCCUCUUCUAUUCACGUGCGUGGAACAUGAGUACUGCUAAAAGGUCUCAUUUACCAACAAACAUCACUGCGAAAGACCGCGUAAAACAAUUUCUUGCAAUUGCAAUUUCGCCAAUUCAAGUAGUUUUCCCAAAAAAACCCACAAAAAACUCUGCAAGUUGCGUCGCAAAUUUUGAGGGGGAAAAAACGCAAAAUCAUAAAUUUUUGGCCACGAAAUCCUGUACAGACUGAUCUAAAGGGGGAACAAAAAUUCUAAUGGUUGAAUUCCUUACAAUUUGGCAUUUUGUACAUUGUCCCAUCAAGUCAUUUUUCAAACUUGUUCUACCUAAAAACCUAAACGAACUUAUAUUUGUCCUUGUGAUUUGAUGUUUUCAUAUUUUAAUGCCAUAACUGAUGUUCUUGUUUUGACUGUAAUAUAAUAUGAUAUGAUCCUAUUUGUGUGGCAGUCUGGGAAAAGCUGUCAGAUCUUGCUGCAGCCGAUUUCUGGUGAACCGCCAAAAACAGACCUGCCGACCUUCACACAUUUUGCCCUAGGACCUUUAAACAUUUUAACACCAGAGUAAACUGCUAUAAGUUAUCACGCAGAAAUACGCCAAAAGGGCAGUCUUCGUUUGACGAAUGACUGACAAUUGCAUAUGUCUCUUGAACCUUCCAAUAUUGACUGACCUUUUGGAAGCACCACCCGGCUUCCAUUCUUCUCAUAUUAGUAGGAGGUCUUAUCUAAAUGUCUGUUAUUUUUCUUGAUUCAAAGAUGCGCCCUCGCUUCCGAAUUUUUUGAGUUCAUUAAUGUGAAAUAAAUAAACAAACAAACAAUCAAAUAAAUAAAUGUCAGCUGUAUAUUUGACUUAACUUUGACUUUCAUUUUUUGGAUGAAAACAACAUUUUUCAGGAAAAGACUACAUAAAAAUAUAAUGAAGUGCCAAAUCUAGUACUAUAUAAAUAAUUUAAAUGUAACGAUAAUUAGAAAGUGAAUUAAAAACCCUCAUCAGCGGGUUCAACCCCAUGUGCCUAGUGGUUACCGUAAAACCCUGUAUAUACAUACGCACUAAAGUUUGUACCUUAGACAGUUGAUUUGUGAAAAACUAUUUUGAAGAUGUCAUGCGACAUCAUACCCUCCCAUCCCCGCCCCCAACUCCCGCAAACACCUUACUGCUCUUAAGGGUUGGCGGGUCUGUAUAAAAGAUGAAAUGUUUUUGCUUUUUGGUUGGGGCAAAAUCUGCAUAUAUUGAAUAUGCCACUUUUGCGAAGAGUAUAUAUAUUAGAAAAGGUCAGUUUCACCAUGCAAAGGGUUUUCCCAGGCCACCACAUGUUUAUGUUCUACACCGUUAUAUAGAGUAACAUUGAGUUCAGUGCUCUCUGUGUGGACACAAGUCACUCUAGAUGUUCUGAUUUGCUUUAAAAUCUAAAGCAACUUUGACAUUAGAGUGGCGAACACAUGGGAACAGCAUUAGAUUAGAUUAGACACUUCCUUUUUGGAUGUCAUCCUGCAGACAUCCCAGUGCUGUUGUGUGUUUUAAAUCAGGACUCACCCAAGUAGGAUUACAGUGGACUUAACAUCUGCUAAAGUGCUACAAGUGAUAAAUCUACAUGGACUGAACUCCCUAAAAAGUACUGAACAUUACUGUAGUUCCCAGAUCUUUCAUUGCAAUCCCUGAAAACUAGCUGUCACUGUUUGAGAGUAGAUACUAAAUAGAAGAAGAAAAACUCCUCCAUCAGCCAUCAUACAUUACAGCUGUUGAGGUUUACAUGUUUCUAUGUAAAGAAAUAGAUCUAAUAUUUUGGUGAAUAACUGCAGGUAACUGUUUGAUGACUUGACAACUUGAUGUACUGUUUUGAUUCCUACCUGUACCAACCAUGUUUAUGAUGUCCUCAGGCCCCGGCACUAUAGACACAGUCUGUUCCUGUUGUAGGUGGAAUCUGUGAAAUGGGUUCAAAUUACUUUAUGGUCUGUGCAGUUUAUGAACCUCUUUUUCUCUCCUUUGUGAGUUUAACAACUUUCCAAUUUUAUAUUGCUAAACUGUACUUGUAAGAAAACUGUUGAACAACUGUUCUUGUAUUUCCAACAAGCAGAAAUAAAGUUGUCGGAUGAGUCGUUUCA